AUGGAUGACGUGCGUUUCGUGAAAGAAAAAAAAGGAAAAAAAAAUCACACAUGCGUCUCCCAUACAUGCCCUAAGAUGAAGAGAAACGGUAAACUUCAAUGCCACGCUAAAACGACUAAAUUGAACUUGCUCAUCAAAUCAUUUUUUGCGUUUUCAGCGAUCUGUUUUUUAAACUGGAGGAUAGUUGAGAGACAAAGUAAUGUUGGGGGAAACUGUGAAUUUUCUGAUGCGAAAACCUGUAAAUUUGAACUUUGUCAACAUAGUAAUAUAACACGAAGAAAGGGUCUUAAAAUACUUAUCCACUACAUCUAUUAUGAGACUGAAGAUAUGCUGGUGCCAGUCAAGAUAAACAAAAGGGUAAAUUUAUUGACCUUUAUAAAAGGUGCUGUUGAAUCUAGAACAAGGGUAGUUGAUUUCUUUUUCACUCUAAGUGGAAGUUUUCCAACUGUUCGUGAUUUCUAUGAUUCAGUUGGUGUUCAAACAUCAGCCCAAGAAGUAUUUCCGAACUAUCCUAACGUCAAAGUGUUUGGAGCUCCUAGCAAUAAAAAUAAAGUUUCAGACUUGUGUCAUCAUGCAAAGUUUAUACGUUCGCAGCAUGAAGAAGUCAAGAACUAUGACUACUUUAUAUUUACAAAUGAUGGAGUGCGAGGACCAUUUUACAACAAAAAAGAUGAAACAGAUAUGUCUGAUACUUCUCUACCAUAUUGGUUGAGCAAAUUUGUAAAUCCGUUUGUUGAUAGUAAAAAUCUUUGUAUGGUUGGCCCGGCGAUGAGUUGUGAGAUUCGAUUUCAUUUACAAAGCUGGUGGCUUACGCUGUCAAAUUUUUAUUUCUCUGAUUAUCUAGCCAUCACAGAAGAAACUUGUGAAUCGUACAUGCCUUGGUCGGAAGCUAUCAAAAGAGAGUUGAGACUUUCAGAAAAUUGCCUUAAAAAAGGAGGCGCAAUAGCUAGUUAUCAUCCGAUGAUUUACAACUUUACAAAAAAUGAUGAAGAUGUUCUUAAUAACGAUACAAGUAGUUGUAUGGAACUUUUUUCGCACUGUAGGAAUCCAACUAUCACAUUUGAAGCAAGUGUAGAAGCGCUCCAAUCGCAAGUUUUCAUAAAAUAUGGUGGCGAGCCAUGGCGAAGAAAGCAGUAUUCGAAUGCUCAGGUAGGAAUUAUUGAAAGGGAAACGAGAGAUAUCUUGGGGGAAUACGCUGAAUAUUCAAACUCUGAUAGACCAGCGCUUCAUUUCUGA